UGUAAAAGUCUUAUAUUGGUCACUUUUAUUAUCAAUAUGGUGCUUUCUUUGUAUACAUUACUUCCAGACAAAUUUGUGCUUGAACUCAAUAAUAUAGUGUUUCGACAAAAGCAUUAUAUGUUGUUCUUUGCUAGGAGAAAAUGAUGUAAGGCAGAAGUCAAUAUAAAGAGUUUUGUGCUGUUUUAUGUAUUAGACCACUUAUUCUGGUACUGUCAGUAAGAACAUACAUAACGAAAGAGGGACGAAAGAUACCAAAGGGACAGUCAAACUGUGGCAGAAAGUAGUACCCAUUUGAAAACAAAUUGUUCCUACGCAUACAUAUAGCUGUAACCUUGUCAAGAAAAUCAUUCGGAUUGUAGAAGAGCUGAUCACUAAUAAUGGAAAAGAAAUCAAUCUGGUUCUGUUACCUGUUCUUAAGUGCCAGUUUCUAUCAAAUAUAUACAUUCAACAUUUCCAAAAUUCUAGAUAUGUAUGUCUCGGCAUGUGGAAAACAAUUAUGCGAUCAAAGUAAAAUAAGCCAUGGAUAUCAACUUCUAUAUAAUACUUCAGUUAAUUUAGAGGUUUGUCCUUCAUGUGAAUGUGACUUAGACUGUGUAACAAGAGGCGACUGUUGUCCAGAUUUAUUUUUCUCUCUACAUCUUUCAUGUACUGAGACAAAGCUCCUACAUAAAAAAUAUCAUAAACCAGACGCUCCAUUAUUUAUUAUGGUAGGCAAGUGCAAUAGUACAGAAUCUGACAGGACACGACAGUGCGAGUCGACAUUUUCACCUAGGGAACAUUUGCAAAAUGGACCUGUGACAUCAAGGAAAACUGGAUUGACAUAUAGAAAUAAACAUUGUUCUAAAUGUUUUAAUGAAAGCAUUACAGACCUUAUUCCAUGGAGAUUAGAAAUAGACUGCUCAAAUUUUGCAGAUUUCAACUUUGUUUCAUCCUACUCGGAAAUAAUAAGUCUUGCAACAGAGCAAGAGUGUAAUAUUUUCUAUAUUGCCAGUGAUAAAAUAAAACAACCAAGAAAUUGUUCUACUGUUAACGAUCGCGAAGCUCCGGGUUUUUUGAACAAAUGUAACAUAACGGGAACAUGGCGAAACUAUGAUUCAAGUCUAGAGUACGCUUGUCAUCACUACGACAACCGGUAUAAAUUUUUCAGGAAUAUAUUUUGUUUUAUGUGCAAUCCACCAGAACCAACAACUUUAAUAAAUGAGUGUAAUGUUACAGGAUACUGGGAUAUCUAUCGCGUUGGUUUACUUGAAGCAUGUCUUCGAACACCCAAGAGUGGUAUAACAACACCAUUCAAAAAUUAUUACUGUUACCUCUGCAACCGUAACAGUACCAUUGGAAGUUCUAAAUAUUUGGAUGCUAAGAUGAACAUAAGCGAGAUGAUGAGCCCAAUCAUUUAUGGUCGAUAUUUCAAACUUGAGUUCAAUAUCGAGGCUCUUGAUAUAAGAUUCAUCAAAGAAAAACUAAUUAACGAUAUACAUAUCCAAGAUGAGUUUGAAGAGGAAAAGAGUAGAAAAUUUACCAUGAAUACCAAAACUGAAGAGCAAUCAGAAAAAAAUAUUAAAUUGUAUAACACGCUAAAUUUAACAAAUAUACACCGAAAGUAUUAUGCUAUGAUGGGAACUGGUUAUUUAUGUGACAGACAAUCAACGCAAAAAAGUAUGAAUGCUUGUGAUUGUGACGAUAAUUGCUAUUUUAAAUCAAAACCUUGUUGUAUUGACAAAAUGUUUGAACGGUCAACAGCAUGUACUGAUAUUGAAUUGUCGUCAACAGGUGACAGAUUUCUUGUAUAUAACAAAUGCAAAAAUACUUCAAACAUUGAAAUUAACAGAUUAUGUCAAAGCAGUUUUGAAAGAAGUUUAUAUUCUAGUUUGCCGAUUGAAGUAAACGUGAGAAAUUUUUCAGUGCAUUACAAGAACGUUUUCUGUCUGCUAUGCAAUGAAGAUAUUUCACCUUAUGAACUUCAGAAGUCAAUUAUGUAUUGGAGCAUUGCAGUUUUUUGCGAUGAAUAUAUUUCUCCAACCUACCAUGUGUCAUUUCAAGACUACAUAUCCCAUGUUAUUGACAGAAAAUGUCGCUACAGCAUGAAACCCAUAAAACAGGGAACGAAAUGUUCAAAAUAUUUAAGUUAUGAUAAAUGUAAUAUUACAGGCCAUUGGAUAAAUAAUGACCCAGAUAUCAGAUUUGCGUGCGCUGUUUUAAAUUUGCCUCGCAUCUGGUUCAAUGGGGAAAACCCGUUCUGCCAUAUGUGUAAUCCUUCAAAUCGCAACAACGUGAUACAUACAACCUGUAAUGAAACACAGUUACACAAUGUGUAUACACCAAACGACAUAGAAAAAUGUCAUGAACUACCGUCAAUACAGGCUCUUGUCCCAUAUAAAAAUUAUUUCUGCCAUGUCUGCAUCACAGGAACUGGUCCAACAUUCUAUUGGCUUCAACGUCCGCCAGUUACACCACAAAUCACGGAACCUACAGGCGCAAACGGGCCACUUCCGAUUUCAUUUCGGGAAAUAUUUGCUCUUGAGGUAUUUGAUGACUUACAAGACAACAAAAUGGAGAAAAUAUGUAACAAAACACAGAUAUUUGACGAGCUUAAGCACGAGUGCCGCGAUAUCCAUUGCUAUCCUGGAAGAAUUUUGACAAACAAUGGCUGUGUUCCUUUACUACCGUUUACAAGUAAUCUUGGCUAUAUAUUGUCAUUGACAUUGAGAGGUAAAGCUACGAGUACGAUUAACAAAACAACACAGUUUUUAGAUACGGUCGAGAAUUCGUUUUUCAUUUUUUUGCAAACAUAUUUAAACGUAAAGGGUUUGCUUCUUUGUUCAUCUGCACUACAUGUAAAUCUCAGGUGUUCAACAACUCUGAUAGAAGGAACGACCAUUGAUAUAACAUUAGAUCAAAAGAUAUUUAUAAACGAGACUGUUGAUAGAUCUUUAAUCGAAAAGCAGCUAAUCAAUCUCACUCACAGCACUUUUUCUGUACUAUACAGUAAUGUACUAUUUGAAUUCAUUAUAAAACAAUACUGGAAAUUACAUAAUUUUCCAGGCAGGACAAAACGAUUGAAUUCAACAGAAACUUGUGGUUACGAAAAUGUUCGUACUUUUACGAAUGCAAAUUGGUAUACAUAUUCCGAGGUCAGUGGAUUAUUAGUUUGUGAGCAAGUAGAAAUUGAUGAUAGUGAAUUCCGAAUAGACAAAGAUAAUAAAACAUUGACACUUAAUAUCAGUGGAUCGAUGAAGAAUUAUGGAAAUGAAUACAUUUUGAUGUCAGACAAAAAAGCUAGACUUUGUCUCAAGGAUUAUAAAGACAUUUUUGCAAGUCAACCAGCUUUCGAAAAUCCAGAAAUCACUCUUUUAGGUAUACUAAUGAUGAGUUGUACACUUUUGUCCUUAAUGUUCCUAUUUUUAACCUUCAUUGCCUAUUGCUUAUUUAGUACUCUAAGAUCACUUCCAGGAAAAAAUAACAUGUGCUUAGUGUUUGCCAUGUUUUUCGCUCACUUGUUAUUCCAGUUUGGGUUAUACGCAACUCAGUCAAACUCGAUAUGCAUAUUGAUUGGUAUUUUUAUGCAUAUGUUUUGGUUAGCAGAAUUCGGUUGCUUAAGUGUUUGCUCGUUCCAUAUGUUCCGUGUUUUUAGGAGUAAGAUAUUACUAUAUUCCUCCGGACAGUCGGGAUACAAUAACGUCUUAGUUUCAUAUGUUUUAUAUUCCUACGGACUGCCAGUUUUAAUAGUGUCAGUCAAUAUGAUAACAACUUUUUUGCAUGAUGGUUCUUUCGGAUACGGAGGACGCAUGUGUUUUUUAAAUCGACCAACAGCCAUUAUUGUUACAUUUAUAAUACCAAUAACGAUAGUAUGUUUGACAAAUAUAUAUUUCUUCAUUGUGACGUCAGUAAAAAUAAUCUCAACACCGAAAAUUAAGAGAGAAGAACAGAGUUCAACGUUAAAUCGUGUACAUUUUUCUAUUUACAUGAAAUUAUUCACAAUCACGGGCAUAACAUGGAUUUUCCAAAUAAUUGAUACCCUGUUUUCAGCGUCCGCUAUCUCUUUCGUUGUCUCAAUGCUUAACGCUCUGCAAGGGGUUUUUAUUUUUAUUUCCUUCAUGUGUAACAGAAGAGUCCUUCAGUUGUUCAGAAAAGCCAAACCAGCAUCGUCGUCGUCUUCGACAUCUAAUACGACACGAGGCAACAGAAUCGACACAACGACAACAUCGCUUAUUGACGCAUCGAAAACUGAAGUUGAUGUGCAUGUGAAAACUGAAGCUUUGAUGUCUUCUAAAUGAAAACAGAAGAUUGUUUCAAAUCAAGUCCAUGGAUAAUACAGAAGUUUGUGUAUAUAUGAAGGGUUUUUUUUCAAAGAAGAGAUAUUUGUAAGAUUCGAAAUUGCGUUAAUCUGAAAGUCAAACGACAAAAUCAACUUAAUUUAUUAAUAAAUUUAUUAAUUCAAUUCUUAUAUGCAUUGUCCUUCGAAAGACUACUAGUGUAUGUAUCUGACAAGGACUGCUUAAUCAUUAUGAAAUUUGACACUUUCAAAGAGUUCUCUAAUAUAUAUAAAUAUGUAUAUUUUUUUUGGUCAAUGUAUUGAACGCAAAUAUUCAGCUAUAUAUUUGUAUAUAUAUAUAUGUAUAGGUACUAAUAAAUUCAUUGCUUUUAAAAAUAUAACAAAUAUUAAUGCAGAGUGUAUCUUUAACAGACUAAUUAUAGAAAUGUCCGGUUUUAAUAAAU